AUGAAGGACAAUCAAAACAAAGUGACAGCGCUGAUCCAGGGACAGGCAGAGUCUGCUGUGAAGCAAGCAGAGGGCUUCAUAAAGACCCUACAGCAGGAGAUCAGUGUUAUGAGGGCAAAAAAUACUGAUCUUAUAGACCUGGAGCUGCUGUCUCAGUCAAACAAUGAUGUUCGCUUUCUUCAGAGUGCAGUGUUCAUGCCUUUACUGACUGUGUAUAAACAGUCAUUCGUCUUCCAUGUUCAUCCAUACAAUUCUUUUGAGCGUGACUCCAUGUUUGUUGAUGAGUUAGUUAAAAAGCUAAACACAACCAGCAAGCAGAGUUUACUCAGAGUUUCCAGAAAAGUGAAAAACACUAGAAUUGUGUCAUCACCACCGCCAAAGACAAGAGAAGAGUUUCUACAGUAUGCAACAAAGCUCUCUUUCAAUACCAACUCAGCGCAUAAAUAUCUGCUCUUCAGAAAUGACAACCAAGAGGUGAUGGCCUCAAACCAGCUUCAGGACUAUCCUGAACACACUCAGAGGUUUAACUGCAGGGCACAGAUCCUGUGCAACGAAGCCCUGAGAGGGUCCUCAAAAUACUGGGAGGUGGAGGUUGGAGGGGGUUCUUGGGUCUGCAUUGCUGUGUCCUAUCAAGGAAUCCACAGAAAAGGCAAACCACGUACUCUUUUUGGGAGAAAUGCCAACUCGUGGGGACUGCGCUGUUUCUGGUCCACUUAUGAAUUCUGGCAUGACAAUAAGACAACAUUUACAAAGCACGAAUCUCGUGCACCUAAAAUAGGAGUGUAUUUGAACUAUAGGGCUGGGGUCUUGGCAUUUUACAGUGUUUCCGGGGUCAACAUGAGUCUCAUUUAUAAGCACAAAACUGUUUUUAAAGAGCCUGUGUAUGCUGGGUUUGGACUGGCUGGGAAAGGUUCUUACGUGAGACUCUGCAAUCCUGUGAAAGCUGAGACAAUAACGUCUCUUCCUUUUCCAUUUAAGUUUGAAUCUAAAACAUCUCCCUUCUCUCCAUUUAAAUUUGGCAGUUUGUAAUGCCGAGUUCAGACUGCAUGAGUAUAGCCCCAAUUUUGACUCGCUGACAGGUUUUGAGAAAUCGCAAACAAAUGCCUGAAAUCACAAGCAAAUCAGUGCUCAUUCACGCAUCAAUCACAUAGUGUGAACUAUCGAAGACGCGAUCUGAGAGAAUCACCGAUGAGUCGCUAACACCCGCGAGUUAUUUGGCAUGCUAAAUAUCUGGACCUGUUGUGCGAUUCAAAAUCAUCACGUGUAAAAUGUGUUCUGAUCAAACAUAACAUCGGCAAUUACCUACAGCCAAUGAGAGAGCAGCAUCAAUGGGUAUCUGCAGGCCAACAGGAGGCUGGGGGAAAAGUUAAAAGUGAUUUAUUAUUUUUAUGUAAUUUUUUUCUGUCUAAUUGGACCCAAUAAAUGUAGGGAAAGAGAAAUUGCUCUUCAAAGGCCAGGUGAGCAAAUUAAGUACAUUUUCUACCCAACUAAAGUCGUCUUUCUCAUUUUGUAGUUAAUAACAAAAGAUAUACUACAUGACCUUGGGUUGUUUCCAUGUCACUUUUCGCAUAUUUUUGAUUGUUAGACGUAGUUUGGGGGCCGAGACAAUGUUGUCGGCAAUACUUAAAAUCAUGCAGUGUGAAACCCUUUCGCCGAUUCAUCUUGCAGUGUAAACACAGCAUCAACAGAAUGUGACCCCAAAUAGUCAUGCAGCGUGAAAACAUCUGACACACAUCUACUUUGAAAAUCGUGCAGUCUGAACUCAGCAAAAGUUGUGGCAUUUACGUGUGCCACAGUCAACAUAUCUUAUUCUGCAUCACAUACGCUAAAAAAAUGAUGUCUGCA